AUGUGCACCUCCACGAAACGAUCCGACGGCGAGCCAGACGUCAACACAUCGCCACCCAACUCCGGUGCAACAGCGCGCGACUCGGAAGGAGCCGCCCAGGAGUGGCCAGCCGCCGCGGCGGACAAUGCUCGUCGCCUACGCGUCUCGAGCAAUGCGCAAGCCACCGCACUCCAGACAAGUGCAAACACAGACCCAUCGGGGCUCUGGGGCCCUCUGGCAGCCCGCUCGCUCUACUUUUUCCACGACCAGCGCCGGGCGUGGCUGCGUCUGGACCAGGCAUCCGGCCAGUGGCUUGGGUGGGCGGCCGACGGCGCAUCGGCGGCUGGGCUCUCCGGCGGCGCCGCCGCAUGGUCGCCGUGGGGUGCGGUGGUGCGCCAGGAGGGAGGGCCGCACACCGCACGCUGGUUCGUCGGCGCCAAGACCAACGCCGCCUUCAACGAGUGCGACGAGCCCGUGCUAGCCGGCGGCGGUGCCGAGACAGCGUUCCUCUGCGAGCCCGUCUCAGGACCGGCGAGGAGGCUGUCGCGGCGGGAGCUGCUGUUGCGAUCGACGCUUGCGGCGCGCGCGCUGCGCGAUGCGCUUGGCACCACACCCUCGCCGCGCAUCGCCGUCCACCUCCCCAACGGCGAAGAGGCUGUCGUCUGGAUCCAGGCAGCCAAGCGGAUCGGCGUGCCCUUCGUCGCGGUCGCGGCGGGCACCUCCGCCAUGACCCUCAGCUCGAGGCUGGAGGACGUGGGCGCGUCCCUCCUCAUCACGAGCAGCGGCCUCGCAGCCGCCUCGCGCGAGGCAGCCGCCGCGGCGCCUCGGCCGCCCAGGGCCCUCCUCGCCGGCCCGGCGAGCGGCGACGAGGACUGGUCAGACCGCGAGCUCGUCUCUCUGCUCUGGCGGGUCGAGCCGCCGGUGCCCGUCGAGGCGUCGCACCCGCUCUUCAUCCUGUACACGAGCGGGUCGACGGGCAAGCCGAAGGGGAUCGUCCACUCACACGCCGGCUUCCAGCUCGGACUGGCCGCCCCAGCGGCCUCCCCUCCGGUAGCCGGCUUCGCCACGGCGAGCGAGAGCCCCGACGCCGCCGCCUCCACGGCCGCGGCCGCCAGAGCGGCGCCGCCCUCCACGGGCGACGUGCUGCUCGUGAUUGCCACCCCCGGCUGGAUCACGGGCCAGGCGUACAUGAUCUCCGCCGCUCUGCUCAGCCGCACACCCUCAGUCCUUCUGGACGGCUCGCCCGUCUCUCCGCCCGACCGCUUCGCCGCCGUCAUCGCUCGGCACCGCGUGAGCGUGCUCAAGGCCGGCUCCACUUUCCUCCGGAUGAUCAUGACCAACCCCGAAGCCGAGGCCAUGCUCGCGCGCCACGACUUGAGCAGCCUGCGCCUCGGGACGUUCUGCGCCGAGCCGGUCAACUCGGUGGUGCACGACUUUGCGAUGCGCCACCUCACUCCAAACUACAUCAACUCCUACUGGGCGACCGAGCACGGCGGCAUCGUCUGGAGCCGAUGCCACGGCAACAACGACCAGCCGCUUCAGCCAGACGCGCGCAGCUGGCCCCUGCCUUGGAUCGACGCCGCCGUGCUCGUCGCGGACGGCGAGGGCUGGCGCGAGGCCGCCGCGGGCGAGAAGGGAGAGGUGGUCAUCCGGCGGCCGUACCCUUACAUGGCGCUCACGGUGUGGAGCUCCGACGGGUACGGAGAGCCGGGCUGGAGCGGCGAUCUGAACCGCUGGGCGGCCUACUUCUCCCAGGGCUGCUACAUCCAGGGCGACGCGGCCAUCCGACACGCUGACGGCUCCUACACCUUCCACGGCCGCUCUGGCGCUCUCGCCCCGCCCCCACCUCCCCCCCGCCCCCCGCCCCUGGGACCGCUCCCCCCCCCGCCCACACCUCCCGUCACCCGGGCCACGUACGAAGUGAUCAACGUCGGCGGCAACCGGAUUGGCACCGAAGAGAUUGAAAACGCGUUGCUGCGUGACCGCGACAGCGACGCAUCUCCCCUGCUCAACGUCGCCGUGAGUGGCCUCGACGACGCGAUCCUCGGCACGGUGCCUUGCGCCUUCCUGGUGCUAAAGCGCGAAGCCACCCUCGGCAUGAAGGACGAGGCUCGCUUGCGCUCCCUCGUCAAGGCGCGGCUCGGCCCGCUGGCCGUCCCAGCGCGCUUCAUUGCUGUGCCGGCGCUGCCCGAGACGUACUCUGGCAAGUACCUGCGCCGUAUGCUCCGCGCACUCCUCGCCGGCACGGAUACUGGCGACCGCGGCUCCGUGCGCAACCCAGAAUGCCUUGACGCGAUCGCUGACGCGCUUCGACAGAGCGGCGGCCCACCGCUGCUCGCUGACCGCACCCCGUCGAGCGAGCCCGUGGAGACGGUGCGCGGGUACUCGGCGACGACGGAGUCGUCACGCGGGUACUCGGGCACGACCGAGUCGUCCUCGGAGAUGUCCCUCUCUUCAACCGUGAGCGCGCACCCCGAGGAGGCGCCCGGCCUUUCCGAGGUCGGGGAGGCGGUGCUUCAGGCCGUGCACCGCGUCAGCGGCAACUCGGAUUUCCAACUCAACUCCCCUCUCGUGGAGGGCGGCCUGGACUCGCUCGGAGCCACGUACCUCGCCGCACAGCUCGAGGCAACCUUCAGGCUCAACCUCUCGUCCACCAUCGUUUUCGAGUUCGGCACGGCCGAGGGGAUCGCCGCACACAUUCACUCCCGCCUCUCUCCGCCGGCGGCGUCUGCCUCGCGGCUCCCGGGGCUGCAGUUUCUCCCCGCUUGUCGCCAGGGCGACGAGCGCUUGGCGGUGGUUGCGGGGGGAGCAAGUAUCCUCUGGCCAGCAGGAGCUUGUCACUUGCGUGCGGCGAGCAAAGUGGUAAAUUGCGCCGCCAACCUCGUGUCGGAGGUGCCCGUCGAGCGUUGGACGCUUGAGGCGCCGAGCCCCUCCGACGGCGAGGUGGCGAGGCGCGUGCGGCACGGCGCGUUUGUCCACGGCGCGGAGCUGUUUGACCACGCGCGUUUCGGCGUGUCGAGCGCCGAGGCGCAGUCGAUGGACCCGCAGCAGCGGUUGCUGCUCGAGCGGGGCUACGAGUCGCUGCGCGGCGCAGGCCUCGAGCGGGCGGCCCUGGCGGACACGACGUUCGGCGUCUUUGUGGCGAUCGCAGCUAUCUCCAGUGACUUCACGUCUUUGCUGCACGCGUCGCCGGCGGGCGGGAGCGUGUACGCCGCGACGGGGAGCGCGCACUCGAUCGCUUCAGGCCGGCUUUCCUACGUGCUCGGCCUGCAGGGCCCGUGCGUCUCGUACGACACGGCGUGCUCCGCCGCGCUGGUGGCGUGCCACGCCGGCUUGCGGGCGACGCAGCUCAAAGAAUGCGUCGGCGCCGUCACGGCAUCCAUCUUCCUCAUGCUCAGCCCGCAAAUGACGGUGAACUUUGCGGUGGCUGGCAUGCUGUCAGCGCGCGGCCGGUGCCACACCUUCGACGCUCGGGCCGACGGGUACGCGCGCGGCGAGGCGUGCUGCGCGCUCACGCUGCGCACGACGGCUGGGGCAACGAGAUGCUCGCUUACCAUGCGAGGCAGCUGCGUGCGGCAGGACGGGAAGAGCGCGAGCCUGACCGCGCCGAACGGGCGAGCCCAGCACGCGCUGCUCGACGCGACUCUGGUGGACGCGGCCCUGCCGUGCGAGGACCUGUCGAUGUGGGAGGCGCACGGCACGGGCACGGCGCUGGGCGACCCGAUCGAGAUGCGCUCGCUCGCCGCGGCGGUGCUGACGUACCUCGGCGACGAGUGCACGCUGCCCAUCGGGAGCGUCAAGGCCAACGCCGGCCACGGCGAGCCGGCGGCGGGCGGCUCCGGGCUGCUGCGGCUGGCCGUCGGUCUUGGCGGCGGCGUCGCGUCGCCGAACGCGCAGCUACGCACGGUCAACCCGCACAUUGCGGCGGUCUUUGAGGGCUCGCCGACCGCGUCGCUCCCGUCGCAGCACUCGCCUUUCCUCCAGGUGGGCGGUGGCGCGGCGGCGACAGGGGCGGUGAGCUCCUUCGGCUACAGCGGGACGAUCGCGUCGUGCGUGGUCGACGCCGAGCGGCGGACGUCGCGUCCUCGGCUUCGGUCGGGCGCCGUGCCGGUUGUGAUGCAGCGCCGUCGCUUCGAGCCGUGGGCGGGCUGCCACCCGCUGCGCGCCCACGUGUCGAGCGCCGGCAGCUUGACGACUGCGUGGAGCCCGGCGGUCGGUCGGCUGGCGGCGUUGGUCGCCGACCACAUCGUCGACGGCCAGGUCGUCUUUCCCGCGGCGGCAUAUCUGGAGAUGGCGCGGGCGGCCAGCGCAGCCGCCCACGGCAGCGUGCCGUCAGCAGGCGCUGCGCUGCGGCGCGUCUUCUUUCUGAAGCCGCUCGUGCUCGACGGCUCGGCGGCGCGCGUGAGCUGUGAGGUCGACACGGCCGCAGGCCGGUUCGAGAUCAGCGGCGUCGGCGAGGAGCCGACAGAUCACACGGCGCACUGCGCCGGCGCGUCGUGUCCGCUCGCUUCGCCGAGCGCGCCGCUCGACCUGCCGUCCGUCGCCAGCGCUUGCACAUGCGCGUCGGGUGUCGGCCGGCUUUACGCCCACUCGCGCUCGAUGCGGCUUGAGUACGGCCCGGAGUACCGCACGCUCGCUGCGGCGCGCUUGUCCACGGCCGGCGCAGCGACGGCACGGCUGCACAAGCGCUCCAGGCUGUCUGGCACGCAGCUGCACCCGGCCGACCUGGACGGCGCGUUGCAGCUCACGCAGCUGGUCUCCGAGACCCGCUCCGGCUGCACUCGGCUGCCGUUCGCCGUGGGCGCAGCCGCUCUGCAACAGGCCUCGGGGCGGCUCUGGUCGGUCGCUGCUCGGGAGAGCGGGAGCUUGGUCAGCGUCUGGCUCGCGGGCGCGGCGUGUGGCAGCGCGCCAGCGGUGCGGCUGAGCGGCUUUGAGAGCCGCGCGAUUGCGGAGUCGGCUGCGUCGGAUCGCGAGCGGCAUUUGUACACUACGGCGUGGCGGCCGGCCGGCGGGGCGGCUCUCCCUAUCUCUGCUGGCGGCGCUGACGGUGGCGCGCUGGUGCUCGGGAGGUGCCGGCCGCGGCUGCGGCGCUCGCCGGCGGCCGAGGUCACCGGCGGGCGGCAGACGGACUCUUUGGUGUUGGCGCCCAGUGGCAUCGCGGGCACGAGCGCGGCAGCCGAGCCGGUCGGGGCGCUUGAGGCGGCGCUGGGCGUGGUGCGCUCACAGCUGGCGGGUGGCUCUCUCCAAGUGCCUCUGUGGCUGGUGCGGGCUUGCGGCGCUCGCUCGCGGGACAGCCACGAGCACCAGCCCGGCUUGCUGGGACUCGCGCGGUCGGCGCGGAGCGAGGCGCCAUCGGCGCCGCUCGGUUGUCUUGCGCUCUCUGGCGCGGCGGCGGUGUCCCUCGUGGAGCCGGCGGCGGCGGCGCUGGCCCUCCAGGGCUUGGCCGAGCCGGAGCUGCGCCUCGUGGGCGACGUCGCUCUCGCGCCUCGGCUCGUCGCUGCGGCGUGCUCGCUUUCGUGCCCCAUCGCGCUUCGCUUUGACGCGCGGGGCUCGCUGACGAGUUUGCGCGUGGUGCCGCAGCCGGUCGGGAGCGGCGUAGCGGCGGACGGCGAGGCUUCGUUGCGGGUGUGGUGCGUCGGCCUCAACUUUCGCGACGUGCUCAACGUGCUGGGUGCGUACCCCGGCGACCCGGGUGCGCCCGGCUCGGAUUGUGCGGCGCGCGUGGCGGCUCUCGGCGCGGCGGCGGGGGCGGAGCUGGCGGUUGGCGGGUGUGUGCUUGGCCACGCGGUGGCGGCGCUUGCCUCGCUCGCCCGCGCUGACGUGCGGCUGCUGGCGGCGCGGCCGGCGGAGCUGUCGCCCGCCUCGGCGUGCACUCUGCCGACGGUGUGGAGCACGGUGCAUGCCGCGUUUUGCGGCUCGCGUCCGCUGGCCCGGCACCGGCUGCUCGUGCAUGCGGGCGCGGGCGGAGUUGGCCUUGCGGCUGUGGAGUACAGCCACUGGCUUCGGCUAGCGACUGGCACGACCGCGGGGCGGCCACGCAAGCACCGCGUUCUGCGCGCAUUGGGCCUGGAGGGGGGGAUGGGCAGCUCGCGCGACGGCGGCGCGUACGCUUCGGGCUUGGCGGCCUUGCGCUCGCGGCGGUUGGACUGCGUGCUCAACAGCCUCUCCGGCGACUUCAUCGCCUGUUCGGUGGCGCUGGCUCGCGAGGGCGGCACCUUCGCCGAGAUCGGCAAGCGCGGCGUGUGGUCGUCGGCGCGGGCGUGGUCGUCGGCGGCGCAUCUGCGCUACGAGGUGCUUGCGCUCGACGCGACGAUGGAGCACGCUCCGGAGUGGACCCAACAUGCGCUGCGCCAGCUGGCGGCGCGGGCCCGGCGGCUCGUGUUGCACGGGCUGCCGCUGGAGCUCUUCGACCUGGAGAGCGAGGCGGUCGCGGCGUUCCGGUACCUGCAGAGCGGCUCAAACUCCGGGAAGGUGGUGCUCCGCGUGGCCUUCCUCGAGCAGAGCGCGCACGGGUCGCACAUCGUGACGGGCGGGAGCGGGGGCCUGGCUUUUGUGACCGCGGGCUGGCUGGUCGGCCGAGGCGCGUCGGCGGUGGUGCUCUCCUCGCGCAGCGGGCGAGUGGGCGCGGCGCAGGCGGACACAUCGGCGGGGUCGGUGGCCUCGUGUGCCUUGCUCGCGGCUCGCUGCGACGCGUCGGAGCCUGCCGACGUGCGCCGUCUCGUGGGCGUGCGGGAGUGGCGCGGCGUGUGGCACGCGGCGGGCGUGCUGUCGGACGGGCUGCUGCGCUCGCAGACGGCGGCGUCGCUGCGCCGCGUGUACGCGCCCAAGGCGGGCGGCGCGUGGUGCCUGCAGAGCGCGUGCGCCGCUGCGCCGCUCGACUCGUUCGUGCUCUUCUCGUCGAUGGCUGCCCUGUUUGGCGCGGGCCAGUCGAACUACAGCGCGGCCAACUGCUGCCUCGACGCGCUGUCGGCUCGGCGGCGCGGCGACGGGCUGGCGGCGUCGAGCGUGCAGUGGGGCCCGUGGGCGGACGUGGGUAUGGCGGCGGGCGGCGCGGUGGGCGGUCGGCUGCAGGCGACGGGGGUCGGCUUGAUCACGGCCGCUCAGGGCCGGGCGGCACUGGCGGCUGCCGCGGUGCCGCAGGCGCCUCCAGUCUUGGCCUUGUUGGUGGUCGACUGGCGUCGGCUUGUGCGGACGAUGGGCACGACGCCACCGCUGCUGUCGUCGCUGGCGGCCUCGAGUGGCUCCGCCGCGCCGAAGGCCGCCGUCGCUGCCGGCGGGUCUGCAGGCAAGAGCACGGUUGACCUCGACCUUGUCCUGGAGAUCGCUCGCCAAAUCGCGGGAGGCGGGCUCGACGCGGACGUGCCGCUGAUGGACGCGGGCGUCGACUCGCUCGGCGCCGUCGAGCUGCGCAACCAGCUGCAUGCCGCGGCGGGCGACUCGCUCUCUCUGCCAAGCACACUGGUUUUCGACCACCCGACGGCGCGCCAGCUCGCUGCCUUCUUUGCCUCGGCUGCUCUCGGCGGCGAGGCGACGGCGGCGGCGGCGUCUCGUCGGUCGGCGGUCGGCGGUAGCGUGGAGGCCUCUCGCUUCUCACGCGACUCGGUGCGCGCGGGCGGGCUGCAGAUGGUGCUGCCGUCGGGUGUCGCAUCUGCGGCGUCGCUGAGCCGCGUUGGGGCGUGCGCCGCCAACCUCGUGUCGGAGGUGCCCGUCGAGCGUUGGACGCUUGAGGCGCCGAGCCCCUCCGACGGCGAGGUGGCGAGGCGCGUGCGGCACGGCGCGUUUGUCCACGGCGCGGAGCUGUUUGACCACGCGCGUUUCGGCGUGUCGAGCGCCGAGGCGCAGUCGAUGGACCCGCAGCAGCGGUUGCUGCUCGAGCGGGGCUACGAGUCGCUGCGCGGCGCAGGCCUCGAGCGGGCGGCCCUGGCGGACACGGCGUUCGGCGUCUUUGUGGCGAUCGCGAGCGUGGACUUCAAUUUGCUGAUGAACGCGUCGCCGGCGGGCGGGAGCGUGUACGCCGCGACGGGGAGCGCGCACUCGAUCGCUUCAGGCCGGCUUUCCUACGUGCUCGGCCUGCAGGGCCCGUGCGUCUCGUACGACACGGCGUGCUCCGCCGCGCUGGUGGCGUGCCACGCCGGCUUGCGGGCGACGCAGCUGCGCGAGAGCAUCGGCAGCCUCGUAGCGGGUGUCAGCUUGAUGCUGCUGCCGAACUUGGGCACGUGCUUCGCUGUGGCUGGCAUGCUGUCAGCGCGCGGCCGGUGCCACACCUUCGACGCUCGGGCCGACGGCUACGCGCGCGGCGAGGCGUGCUGCGCGCUCACGCUGCGCACGACGGGCGUGGAGGCGUGCACGCUCGCGGUGCGAGGCGGCUGCGUGCGGCAAGACGGGAAGAGCGCGAGCCUGACCGCGCCGAACGGGCGAGCCCAGCACGCGCUGCUCGACGCGAGUCUGGUGGACGCGGCCCUGCCGUGCGAGGACCUGUCGAUGUGGGAGGCGCACGGCACGGGCACGGCGCUGGGCGACCCGAUCGAGAUGCGCUCGCUCGCCGCGGCGGUGCUGACGUACCUCGGCGACGAGUGCGCGUUGCCCACCGGGAGCGUCAAGGCCAACGCCGGCCACGGCGAGCCGGCGGCGGGCGGCUCCGGGCUGCUGCGGCUGGCCGUCGGUCUUGGCGGCGGCGUCGCGUCGCCGAACGCGCAGCUACGCACGGUCAACCCGCACAUUGCGGCGGUCUUUGAGGGCUCGCCGACCGCGUCGCUCCCGUCGCAGCACUCGCCUUUCCUCCAGGUGGGCGGUGGCGCGGCGGCGACAGGGGCGGUGAGCUCCUUCGGCUACAGCGGGACGAUCGCGUCGUGCGUGGUCGACGCCGAGCGGCGGACGUCGCGUCCUCGGCUUCGGUCGGGCGCCGUGCCGCUUGUGAUGCAGCGCCGUCGCUUCGAGCCGUGGGCGGGCUGCCACCCGCUGCGCGCCCACGUGUCGAGCGCCGGCAGCUUGACGAUUGCGUGGAGCCCGGCGGUCGGUCGGCUGGCGGCGUUGGUCUCCGACCACAUCGUCGACGGCCAGGUCGUCUUUCCCGCGGCGGCAUAUCUGGAGAUGGCGCGGGCGGCCAGCGCAGCCGCCCACGGCAGCGUGCCGUCAGCAGGCGCUGCGCUGCGGCGCGUCUUCUUUCUGAAGCCGCUCGUGCUCGACGGCUCGGCGGCGCGCGUGAGCUGUGAGGUCGACACGGCCGCAGGCCGGUUCGAGAUCAGCGGCGUCGGCGAGGAGCCGACAGAUCACACGGCGCACUGCGCCGGCGCGUCGUGUCCGCUCGCUUCGCCGAGCGCGCCGCUCGACCUGCCGUCCGUCGCCAGCGCUUGCACAUGCGCGGCGGGUGUCGGCCGGCUUUACGCCCACUCGCGCUCGAUGCGGCUUGAGUACGGCCCGGAGUACCGCACGCUCGCUGCGGCGCGCUUGUCCACGGCCGGCGCAGCGACGGCACGGCUGCACAAGCGCUCCAGGCUGUCUGGCACGCAGCUGCACCCGGCCGACCUGGACGGCGCGUUGCAGCUCACGCAGCUGGUCUCCGAGACCCGCCCCGGCUGCACUCGGCUGCCGUUCGCCGUGGGCGCAGCCGCUCUGCAACAGGCGUCGGGGCGGCUCUGGUCGGUCGCUGCUCGGGAGAGCGGGAGCUUGGUCAGCGUCUGGCUCGCGGGCGCGGCGUGUGGCAGCGCGCCAGCGGUGCGGCUGAGCGGCUUUGAGAGCCGCGCGAUUGCGGAGUCGGCUGCGUCGGAUCGCGAGCGGCAUUUGUACACUACGGCGUGGCGGCCGGCCGGCGGGGCGGCUCUCCCUAUCUCUGCUGGCGGCGCUGACGGUGGCGCGCUGGUGCUCGGGAGGUGCCGGCCGCGGCUGCGGCGCUCGCCGGCGGCCGAGGUCACCGGCGGGCGGCAGACGGACUCUUUGGUGUUGGCGCCCAGUGGCAUCGCGGGCACGAGCGCGGCAGCCGAGCCGGUCGGGGCGCUUGAGGCGGCGCUGGGCGUGGUGCGCUCACAGCUGGCGGGUGGCUCUCUCCAAGUGCCUCUGUGGCUGGUGCGGGCUUGCGGCGCUCGCUCGCGGGACAGCCACGAGCACCAGCCCGGCUUGCUGGGACUCGCGCGGUCGGCGCGGAGCGAGGCGCCAUCGGCGCCGCUCGGUUGUCUUGCGCUCUCUGGCGCGGCGGCGGUGUCCCUCGUGGAGCCGGCGGCGGCGGCGCUGGCCCUCCAGGGCUUGGCCGAGCCGGAGCUGCGCCUCGUGGGCGACGUCGCUCUCGCGCCUCGGCUCGUCGCUGCGGCGUGCUCGCUUUCGUGCCCCAUCGCGCUUCGCUUUGACGCGCGGGGCUCGCUGACGAGUUUGCGCGUGGUGCCGCAGCCGCUCAACAAAAGCGUUGCCGCGGACGACGAGGCUUCGUUGCGGGUGUGGUGCGUCGGCCUCAACUUUCGCGACGUGCUCAACGUGCUGGGUGCGUACCCCGGCGACCCGGGUGCGCCCGGCUCGGAUUGUGCGGCGCGCGUGGCGGCUCUCGGCGCGGCGGCGGGGGCGGAGCUGGCGGUUGGCGGGUGUGUGCUUGGCCACGCGGUGGCGGCGCUUGCCUCGCUCGCCCGCGCUGACGUGCGGCUGCUGGCGGCGCGGCCGGCGGAGCUGUCGCCCGCCUCGGCGUGCACUCUGCCGACGGUGUGGAGCACGGUGCAUGCCGCGUUUUGCGGCUCGCGUCCGCUGGCCCGGCACCGGCUGCUCGUGCAUGCGGGCGCGGGCGGAGUUGGCCUUGCGGCUGUGGAGUACAGCCACUGGCUUCGGCUAGCGACUGGCACGACCGCGGGGCGGCCACGCAAGCACCGCGUUCUGCGCGCAUUGGGCCUGGAGGGGGGGAUGGGCAGCUCGCGCGACGGCGGCGCGUACGCUUCGGGCUUGGCGGCCUUGCGCUCGCGGCGGUUGGACUGCGUGCUCAACAGCCUCUCCGGCGACUUCAUCGCCUGUUCGGUGGCGCUGGCUCGCGAGGGCGGCACCUUCGCCGAGAUCGGCAAGCGCGGCGUGUGGUCGUCGGCGCGGGCGUGGUCGUCGGCGGCGCAUCUGCGCUACGAGGUGCUUGCGCUCGACGCGACGAUGGAGCACGCUCCGGAGUGGACCCAACAUGCGCUGCGCCAGCUGGCGGCGCGGGCCCGGCGGCUCGUGUUGCACGGGCUGCCGCUGGAGCUCUUCGACCUGGAGAGCGAGGCGGUCGCGGCGUUCCGGUACCUGCAGAGCGGCUCAAACUCCGGGAAGGUGGUGCUCCGCGUGGCCUUCCUCGAGCAGAGCGCGCACGGGUCGCACAUCGUGACGGGCGGGAGCGGGGGCCUGGCUUUUGUGACCGCGGGCUGGCUGGUCGGCCGAGGCGCGUCGGCGGUGGUGCUCUCCUCGCGCAGCGGGCGAGUGGGCGCGGCGCAGGCGGACACAUCGGCGGGGUCGGUGGCCUCGUGUGCCUUGCUCGCGGCUCGCUGCGACGCGUCGGAGCCCGCCGACGUGCGCCGUCUCGUGGGCGUGCGGGAGUGGCGCGGCGUGUGGCACGCGGCGGGCGUGCUGUCGGACGGGCUGCUGCGCUCGCAGACGGCAGCGUCGCUGCGCCGCGUGUACGCGCCCAAGGCGGGCGGCGCGUGGUGCCUGCAGAGCGCGUGCGCCGCUGCGCCGCUCGACUCGUUCGUGCUCUUCUCGUCGAUGGCUGCCCUGUUUGGCGCGGGCCAGUCGAACUACAGCGCGGCCAACUGCUGCCUCGACGCGCUGUCGGCUCGGCGGCGCGGCGACGGGCUGGCGGCGUCGAGCGUGCAGUGGGGCCCGUGGGCGGACGUGGGUAUGGCGGCGGGCGGCGCGGUGGGCGGUCGGCUGCAGGCGACGGGGGUCGGCUUGAUCACGGCCGCUCAGGGCCGGGCGGCACUGGCGGCUGCCGCGGUGCCGCAGGCGCCUCCAGUCUUGGCCUUGUUGGUGGUCGACUGGCGUCGGCUUGUGCGGACGAUGGGCACGACGCCACCGCUGCUGUCGUCGCUGGCGGCCUCGGGUGGCUCCGCCGCGCCGAAGGCCGCCGUCGCUGCCGGCGGGUCUGCAGGCAAGAGCACGGUUGACCUCGACCUUGUCCUGGAGAUCGCUCGCCAAAUCGCGGGAGGCGGGCUCGACGCGGACGUGCCGCUGAUGGACGCGGGCGUCGACUCGCUCGGCGCCGUCGAGCUGCGCAACCAGCUGCAUGCCGCGGCGGGCGACUCGCUCUCUCUGCCAAGCACACUGGUUUUCGACCACCCGACGGCGCGCCAGCUCGCUGCCUUCUUUGCCUCGGCUGCUCUCGGCGGCGAGGCGACGGCGGCGGCGGCGUCUCGUCGGUCGGCGGUCGGCGGUAGCGUGGAGGCCUCUCGCUUCUCACGCGACUCGGUGCGCGCGGGCGGGCUGCAGAUGGUGCUGCCGUCGGGUGUCGCAUCUGCGGCGUCGCUGAGCCGCGUUGGGGCGUGCGCCGCCAACCUCGUGUCGGAGGUGCCCGUCGAGCGUUGGACGCUUGAGGCGCCGAGCCCCUCCGACGGCGAGGUGGCGAGGCGCGUGCGGCACGGCGCGUUUGUCCACGGCGCGGAGCUGUUUGACCACGCGCGUUUCGGCGUGUCGAGCGCCGAGGCGCAGUCGAUGGACCCGCAGCAGCGGUUGCUGCUCGAGCGGGGCUACGAGUCGCUGCGUGGCGCAGGCCUCGAGCGGGCGGCCCUGGCGGACACGGCGUUCGGCGUCUUUGUGGCGAUCGCGAGCGUGGACUUCAAUUUGCUGAUGAACGCGUCGCCGGCGGGCGGGAGCGUGUACGCCGCGACGGGGAGCGCGCACUCGAUCGCUUCAGGCCGGCUUUCCUACGUGCUCGGCCUGCAGGGCCCGUGCGUCUCGUACGACACGGCGUGCUCCGCCGCGCUGGUGGCGUGCCACGCCGGCUUGCGGGCGACGCAGCUGCGCGAGAGCAUCGGCAGCCUCGUAGCGGGCGUCAGCUUGAUGCUGCUGCCGAACUUGGGCACGAGCUUCGCUGUGGCUGGCAUGCUGUCAGCGCGCGGCCGGUGCCACACCUUCGACGCUCGGGCCGACGGCUACGCGCGCGGCGAGGCGUGCUGCGCGCUCACGCUGCGCACGACGGGCGUGGAGGCGUGCACGCUCGCGGUGCGAGGCGGCUGCGUGCGGCAGGACGGGAAGAGCGCGAGCCUGACCGCGCCGAACGGGCGAGCCCAGCACGCGCUGCUCGACGCGACUCUGGUGGACGCGGCCCUGCCGUGCGAGGACCUGUCGAUGUGGGAGGCGCACGGCACGGGCACGGCGCUGGGCGACCCGAUCGAGAUGCGCUCGCUCGCCGCGGCGGUGCUGACGUACCUCGGCGACGAGUGCGCGUUGCCCACCGGGAGCGUCAAGGCCAACGCCGGCCACGGCGAGCCGGCGGCGGGCGGCUCCGGGCUGCUGCGGCUGGCCGUCGGUCUUGGCGGCGGCGUCGCGUCGCCGAACGCGCAGCUACGCACGGUCAACCCGCACAUUGCGGCGGUCUUUGAGGGCGCGCCGACCGCGUCGCUCCCGUCGCAGCACUCGCCUUUCCUCCAGGUGGGCGGUGGCGCGGCGGCGACAGGGGCGGUGAGCUCCUUCGGCUACAGCGGGACGAUCGCGUCGUGUGUGGUCGACGCCGAGCGGCGGACGUCGGGUCCUCGGCUUCGGUCGGGCGCCGUGCCGCUUGUGAUGCAGCGCCGUCGCUUCGAGCCGUGGGCGGGCUGCCACCCGCUGCGCGCCCACGUGUCGAGCGCCGGCAGCUUGACGACUGCGUGGAGCCCGGCGGUCGGUCGGCUGGCGGCGUUGGUCUCCGACCACAUCGUCGACGGCCAGGUCGUCUUUCCCGCGGCGGCAUAUCUGGAGAUGGCGCGGGCGGCCAGCGCAGCCGCCCACGGCAGCGUGCCGUCAGCAGGCGCUGCGCUGCGGCGCGUCUUCUUUCUGAAGCCGCUCGUGCUCGACGGCUCGGCGGCGCGCGUGAGCUGUGAGGUCGACACGGCCGCAGGCCGGUUCGAGAUCAGCGGCGUCGGCGAGGAGCCGACAGAUCACACGGCGCACUGCGCCGGCGCGUCGUGUCCGCUCGCGUCGCCGAGCGCGCCGCUCGACCUGCCGUCCGUCGCCAGCGCUUGCACAUGCGCGGCGGGUGUCGGCCGGCUUUACGCCCACUCGCGCUCGAUGCGGCUUGAGUACGGCCCGGAGUACCGCACGCUCGCUGCGGCGCGCUUGUCCACGGCCGGCGCAGCGACGGCACGGCUGCACAAGCGCUCCAGGCUGUCUGGCACGCAGCUGCACCCGGCCGACCUGGACGGCGCGUUGCAGCUCACGCAGCUGGUCUCCGAGACCCGCCCCGGCUGCACUCGGCUGCCGUUCGCCGUGGGCGCAGCCGCUCUGCAACAGGCCUCGGGGCGGCUCUGGUCGGUCGCUGCUCGGGAGAGCGGGAGCUUGGUCAGCGUCUGGCUCGCGGGCGCGGCGUGUGGCAGCGCGCCAGCGGUGCGGCUGAGCGGCUUUGAGAGCCGCGCGAUUGCGGAGUCGGCUGCGUCGGAUCGCGAGCGGCAUUUGUACACUACGGCGUGGCGGCCGGCCGGUGGGGCGGCUCUCCCUAUCUCUGCUGGCGGCGCUGACGGUGGCGCGCUGGUGCUCGGGAGGUGCCGGCCGCGGCUGCGGCGCUGGCCGGCGGCCGAGGUCACCGGCGGGCGGCAGACGGACUCUUUGGUGUUGGCGCCCAGUGGCAUCGCGGGCACGAGCGCGGCAGCCGAGCCGGUCGGGGCGCUUGAGGCGGCGCUGGGCGUGGUGCGCUCACAGCUGGCGGGUGGCUCUCUCCAAGUGCCUCUGUGGCUGGUGCGGGCUUGCGGCGCUCGCUCGCGGGACAGCCACGAGCACCAGCCCGGCUUGCUGGGACUCGCGCGGUCGGCGCGGAGCGAGGCGCCAUCGGCGCCGCUCGGUUGUCUUGCGCUCUCUGGCGCGGCGGCGGUGUCCCUCGUGGAGCCGGCGGCGGCGGCGCUGGCCCUCCAGGGCUUGGCCGAGCCGGAGCUGCGCCUCGUGGGCGACGUCGCUCUCGCGCCUCGGCUCGUCGCUGCGGCGUGCUCGCUUUCGUGCCCCAUCGCGCUUCGCUUUGACGCGCGGGGCUCGCUGACGAGUUUGCGCGUGGUGCCGCAGCCGGUCGGGAGCGGCGUAGCGGCGGACGGCGAGGCUUCGUUGCGGGUGUGGUGCGUCGGCCUCAACUUUCGCGACGUGCUCAACGUGCUGGGUGCGUACCCCGGCGACCCGGGUGCGCCCGGCUCGGAUUGUGCGGCGCGCGUGGCGGCUCUCGGCGCGGCGGCGGGGGCGGAGCUGGCGGUUGGCGGGUGUGUGCUUGGCCACGCGGUGGCGGCGCUUGCCUCGCUCGCCCGCGCUGACGUGCGGCUGCUGGCGGCGCGGCCGGCGGAGCUGUCGCCCGCCUCGGCGUGCACUCUGCCGACGGUGUGGAGCACGGUGCAUGCCGCGUUUUGCGGCUCGCGUCCGCUGGCCCGGCACCGGCUGCUCGUGCAUGCGGGCGCGGGCGGAGUUGGCUUUGCGGCUGUGGAGUACAGCCACUGGCUUCGGCUAGCGACUGGCACGACCGCGGGGCGGCCACGCAAGCACCGCGUUCUGCGCGCACUGGGCCUGGAGGGGGGGAUGGGCAGCUCGCGCGACGGCGGCGCGUACGCUUCGGGCUUGGCGGCCUUGCGCUCGCGGCGGUUGGAUUGCGUGCUCAACAGCCUCUCCGGCGACUUCAUCGCCUGUUCGGUGGCGCUGGCUCGCGAGGGCGGCACCUUCGCCGAGAUCGGCAAGCGCGGCGUGUGGUCGUCGGCGCGGGCGUGGUCGUCGGCGGCGCAUCUGCGCUACGAGGUGCUUGCGCUCGACGCGACGAUGGAGCACGCUCCGGAGUGGACCCAACAUGCGCUGCGCCAGCUGGCGGCGCGGGCCCGGCGGCUCGUGUUGCACGGGCUGCCGCUGGAGCUCUUCGACCUGGAGAGCGAGGCGGUCGCGGCGUUCCGGUACCUGCAGAGCGGCUCAAACUCCGGGAAGGUGGUGCUCCGCGUGGCCUUCCUCGAGCAGAGCGCGCACGGGUCGCACAUCGUGACGGGCGGGAGCGGGGGCCUGGCUUUUGUGACCGCGGGCUGGCUGGUCGGCCGAGGCGCGUCGGCGGUGGUGCUCUCCUCGCGCAGCGGGCGAGUGGGCGCGGCGCAGGCGGACACAUCGGCGGGGUCGGUGGCCUCGUGUGCCUUGCUCGCGGCUCGCUGCGACGCGUCGGAGCCUGCCGACGUGCGCCGUCUCGUGGGCGUGCGGGAUUGGCGCGGCGUGUGGCACGCGGCGGGCGUGCUGUCGGACGGGCUGCUGCGCUCGCAGACGGCGGCGUCGCUGCGCCGCGUGUACGCGCCCAAGGCGGGCGGCGCGUGGUGCCUGCAGAGCGCGUGCGCCGCUGCGCCGCUCGACUCGUUCGUGCUCUUCUCGUCGAUGGCUGCCCUGUUUGGCGCGGGCCAGUCGAACUACAGCGCGGCCAACUGCUGCCUCGACGCGCUGUCGGCUCGGCGGCGCGGCGACGGGCUGGCGGCGUCGAGCGUGCAGUGGGGCCCGUGGGCGGACGUGGGUAUGGCGGCGGGCAGCGCGGUGAGUGCACGCUUACAGGCGUCUGGCCUACGGCAGAUCAGCUUGCAGGAGGGGGCGGCCGGUCUGGUCGCGGCGCUCAGCGCUCGCGAGCCGGCCGUGUUUGCGCUGUUUCUCACCGAUUGGGAUCGGUUCUUGGAGUCUCUACCCGCCGUCCCACUGCUGCUUGACAGGUUCAAGCCCGCCGCCACCGCUCGUGGUGCAAGCUCGACCUUGACCAACCAGCUUCCGAUGGAGCAAGUACUGCGAAUUGCGCAGGGAGUCGCGGGGGCUGAGCUCGACCCGGACAAGCCUCUCAUGGAAGCGGGCUUGGACUCACUCGGCGCCGUCGAGCUGCGCAACCAGCUGCAGCGCGCAGCCGGCGAUGGGUUGGAGCUGCCGUCGACUUUCAUUUUCGACGCGCCGACCGUCCGCGCCAUCUCUGCGCUGGUGCAGGCGCCGGAGGAGAACCCGGGCUCUGAGUUGGGCCUCGCGCCGCCAGUGAUGACCUCGUCAUCACAGACGCUGGUCGGGAGCAGCGUUCGCCUACCGGCGGGCGUUGCUACGCAGCACACAUUUUCACUGGUCCUUGCUUCUUGCGGAGACGUCGCUGCCGAGGUCCCGCUGGAACGGUGGGACGUGGGAAGCGCUGUCGCCGACGCGGUCGCUGGCGGACUGGACGAUGUGGUGUGCAGCCGGAUGAGGUACGGAGCUUUCCUCCGCCAGGCUGACCUCUUCGACGCAUCCGCCUUCUCUGUCUCGAAGAGCGAGGCGUUUGCCAUGGACCCACAGCAGCGCCUGUGCCUCGAGCACGGCUACGCGGCUUUGCACGCCGCAGGGCUUCUGCGCGCCUCGCUCCUGGGCCGGGAGACCGGAGUCUUCCUGGCGCUCUCGUGCCAAGACUUCUCGAGGGUGCUCCUCCAGUCGGACGCGUGGCGCUCCGUCUACGCUGCCACCGGCAGCAGCCAGUCCGUAGCAGCUGGGAGGCUCUCCUUCGCGCUUGGCAUGCAGGGACCUUGCACGCAAGUCGACACCGCCUGCUCCGCAGGGCUGACGGCCACCAAUCUGGCGUGCGGCACUCUGCAGCUCGGCGAGUGCCGCGAGGCGGUGGUCCUGGCGGUCAACGUGAUGCUCGUGACCGACGUCCACCAGGCGUUCGCGAUCGCGGGCAUGACAUCGCCUCGAGGCAAGUGCCACACCUUCGACGAGAGGGCGGAUGGCUACGUGCGCGCUGACUCUUGCGGCGCGGCGGUCUUCGAGCCGCAAGACGAGGGCCAGAGGAGCCGAUGCGCGGUCGCUGGCGUGACUGUCCGCUGCGAUGGACGGAGUGCUAGCCUCACCGCCCCGAACGGUCAGGCGCAGUGCCGUCUGAUCAGCGCGGCGAUAGCGCGGGCGGGGGUGCGCGCUGCGGACGUGCAAGUGGAGGAGGCACACGGGACGGGAACCGCGCUGGGCGACCCGAUCGAGAUGCGGAGUCUAUCGACGAGCGUCUUUGUUCCUGCCGCCAAGGAGGGCGCGGCACAGACGACUGUCGGGAGCCUCAAGGCCAACGCGGGCCACGCCGAGCCUGGCGCUGGAUUCAGCGGGUUUCAGGCGUUGGUGCUUGCAUUGCAAGGCUCCGCGACGUCGCCGAACGCGCAGCUCCGGAGAGUGAACCCCCACGUCCACGAUGUGCUCUCCAUCGUGCCUUGCGGACUACCCACGGCACCAAGCAACGUGGGUCACGGGCAGUCGGGUCUUAUGUACGGUGCAGUCUCCUCCUUUGGCUACAGCGGCACCAUUGUCCACGCCGUCCUCUCGUGCUCGGCCCGCGCGGGCGAGCCGGCGCGGCCGCCGUCCGCUCCGGGCUUGGUCUACCGCAGGCAGCGCUUCUCGUGGCAGGACGAGCUGCACCCGCUGGCGCAGCAGCCGGGCCGCGCCGGCGAGGCCCACCUCUUCCGCUCGCCGGCCCGGGGCCGGCUAGUUGCCCUCAUGGCCGACCACGUCGUGCAAGGCCGCGUCAUCUUCCCCGCGGCCGGCUACCUCGAGCUGGCGCGGGCCGCAUGCCAGGCGAGCACGCUUUACGCGGGCAGCCGUGCGUGCCAUCUGCGCCGCGUCCUCUUCAUGCAGCCCUGCGUGGUGGAGCCGGCUGCCGACCAGCACAUCGAGUGCGAGGUGUCGGGUGCGCUCGACAGUCUUGAGAUUCGCAGCGGCGCGGGCGCCGCCCUCGCCGAGCGGAUGGUGCAUUGCGCGGCGUCACCCUCGGGUGGCGGGGCGGGAGGCGCGGCGGGCGCGCGGUCGCUCGCCGCGCCAGCGCAGCGCGCGUGCUGCCCGCACGCCGCCGAUGCAGCUCGGAUCUACGGCGACUUCCGCGCCGUUGGGCUCGAGUACGGCCGCGCCUUCCAGACGCUCGCUCAGGGCUGGGCGUCGGCUCUCUCGGGCACGGCGAUCGCGUCUCUGCGCCCCCGACGCAAGGCGUGCCUCGAGGGCACUCUCCUCCACCCCGCGGACCUUGACGGCGCGCUGCAGGCCUCGAUUCUGAUGGAGCGCGAGCGCUCGAGCGAGACUCGACUCCCCUUCUCGGUGGCAGAGGCGGCGCUCAGCGGCUUGCACGGCAACAUGGUCGCGAUGCUGAGCCGGCGAGGCGCCUCCACGGCUGACGUCGUCCUGUCUGGCCUCGGGAAGGCGACGAGGCUCGACCACUUCGAGAGCCGUGUGCUCAAGAAGGGCGCCGCCGGCAAGGCUGCCUCGGCCGCCGGCAAGGCUGCCCCGGCCGCCGACUGGUCCUACGCGUGCGAGUGGGCUCCGGUGGCCUCCGCCGCGGCCGAUCCGAGCCAGGAGGCCCGCGUCUUGCUCGUGGGCGACCGGCGCGGCACGCUGGCCGCGGCGCUCGGGCGGAGCAUCGCUCGGCGCGCGGAGAGCGGGUCCGCCUCGGAGCUGCGCGAGGCCGGCGCUCUCGAUGGCGUCGUCCUCGUCGCGCCGCCCCGGGCUGCGGCCGCGCUGGGCAGCAUCGCGUCGGCGCUGACCAUCGUGCAGUGGCAGAUGGACCUGCCCGCCGCUGUGCCGGUGUGGGUCUGCACGCACCUGACCCAGCCCGUCGCCUCCGUGCGGCGGAGCUCGAGCGAGCACGCCGGUCUGUGGGGCUUUGCGCGUGCGUGUCUGCAAGAGGCAGCCGGGCUGCCGCUGUACAACCUGGACCUCGACUUCGGGUGCGCGCAGUCGCUGCGUGGCGCGGCCGAGCUCGUGCGCUCGCGCGCGCUGGCAUCCGAGGACGGGUUCGUCCACGGCUUGCGAGUGGGACCCGCCGCCGAGAACGAGGCCGCGCUCCGCGGCGGCUCGAUGCACGUUCGCCGGCUGACCUUGCGGAGAUCGCCGGCGGCGUUGCAGUCGAUCGUCCUGACUUGCGAGCCCCGCGGCUCAUUCGCGAACCUCAAGCUCGAGCCUCGGGGCGACCACUCGUCCCGCGAUGGCAACGAGGUGGCGCCCACCGAGGUCAGCAUCGCCGUGCAUGCGGUCGGCCUCAACUUCCGGGAUGUCCUGGAUGCGUUGGGUGAACUUCCGUCGGAGUACCUUGGCACGCUUGGUUCCGACUGCGCUGGCAUGGUGGAGCACGCGGGCUCGCAGGUCGCUCACAUUGCUCAGCGCGACGCUUGCUUCGGUCAGGCGAAGAAUUGCCUCGCAUCGCAUGUGUGCUGCGACGCGCGAUUGCAGGUGCGCAAGCCGAGCGCGGUGAGCUUUGAGGCCGCGACCACUCUGAUCAGCACCUGGUGCACUGUGCACGUGGCGUUCGUCCGGUCCCGGCUCGUCGGCUCGCGGCGGCUGCUCGUGCACGCUACGGCCGGCGGCGUUGGCCUGGCGGCUUCGGAGUACGCCGCGUGGCUUCGCCUCCGGCUCUUUGGCACCGCGGGCGCCCCGCGCAAGCACCACCUCCUGCGGUGCUGCGGCGUGCGCUCGACUGCGAGCUCUCGCCAAGCUGCCUCGUGCGGGCAUUCGCUCGCAUCGCAGCUUGGCGGGCGGCGCCUGGACGGCGUGCUCAACAGCCUGUCCGCGGACUUCAUCUCCACCUCCUUCGCGCUCCUUGCGCCGGCCGGCCGGUUCGAAGAGAUCGGGAAGCGCUCCGUGUGGAGCGUUGCGCGAGCCGCCGCCGCCGUGCCGAGCGCCUAUUCCGUCCUCGACAUGGCGCUCGACGUCCCCGCCGACCCUGACUGGUACUCUGCAGAGGUGCUGCAGGUCCUCGCGCGGCGGCUCGAGGCGGUUGUGGUCCACGGCCUCCCGCUCCGCAGCUUCGGCAUCGAGCGCGAGGCACGAGACGCGUUCCGGUUCCUCUCGGGCGGCGCAAACCUCGGCAAGGUGGUGAUCACGAUACCUGUCCGGUUGGGUGCGCCAAGCUCGUUGGCGGUGGCGUUUGCGCCGCUCUGCGAGCUGCUUGAUGCCCACGUGUCGGACGCGGUGCGCGCGCUCGAGGACUUGCCGCAGGUGACGGACGCCCACGAGGUGCUUGAGAGGGCUGUGAGGCACGACAUCGCCCGCGCCCUGAGCGGUUUGGACCCUUCUGCCAUCCCCAAGUGGCACCACCGGCUGCUAUAUGAGUGGUGCGCCGCCAUCGAGCCGCCCACAGAGCCCGCAUCGUACGAAGACGUGCUCGCAGUGUCGCCGCGGCUCUGGCCUGAGGUUGGCGUGACUCAACGAUGUGCCUCCCAGCUCGCCGCCGCCCUCCUCGGCACCGUCGCCUACCAGGAGCUCCUCUUCCCGGGAGGGUCCAUGGAGCUGACGCUGCCCGUGUACGAGGACGCCGUCAACGCUCGCUUCUACAACGAGUGCGUGGUGGCCGCGGUCGACUCCAUCAUUGCCAGCCUGCCAGCCGGCCGCUUCUUGAGCGUCGUCGAGGUUGGCGCCGGCACGGGCGGCACGGCAUCGAGCGUGCUGCCGCGGCUGCGUCGGGUGUGCGAGCAGUACAUGUUCACCGACGUGUCGGAGGUCUUCCUCAACCAGGCGCAGCGGCGCUUUGCCGAGUACGCCGGCUUCAUGCGCUUUGAGCUGCUCAACAUCGACGCCGACUCGCGCCUCCAGGGCUUCGCCUCGGGAUCGUUCGACCUCGCCAUCGCCACCAACGUGCUGCACGCGACGCCCUUCAUCCGCAACACGCUGCGAAACUGCCGCCGCCUGCUCUGCGACGGGGGCUUCCUUCUUCUGAAUGAGCUGCUUCGAACGAAUGGAUUUUUGCAGACCACGUUUGGCCUGACCGACGGGUGGUGGAUGUUUGCGAGCGACCCGGAGCGCACCAACCAGCCGAGCCCGCUGCUGUCGUGGGAGCACUGGCGUCAGAUCCUGGCGGCGAGCGGCUUUGCCAGCUCCCACUGCAUGCGCGGCGACGGCUACGUCCUAGAGGCGCAGGCGAUCAUCGUCUCCCAGGUGGGCGAGCGGUCGCCUGGCGCACGGCGCGCGGAGCUCGAUCGCGGCACCCACCUCUUCUCGGGUGGGCUCGGCGGGCUCGGCUUGCUGACGGCACGCAUGCUCGUGGGGCGUGGCGCGAAGCACCUGGUGCUUUCGUCUCGCAGCGGGCGCGUGCAGAGCGGCAGCGAGGCGGACUGGGCGUGGCUCACCAGCCGCGUUGCCGUGUCGCCCGCCCGUUGCGACGUGUCUGACGCCACCGCUGUGCGGGCGCUUGCCGGCGCCGUGCAGCAGAGCUGCAUGCCGCUGUGCGGGGUCUACCACGCCGCGGGCUUGCUUGCGGAUGCGACGGUGCGCAACCAGGCGAUGGGCCACUUCGCCACGGUCUUCGCGCCCAAGGUGCACGGCGCGGGCUGGCUGCACGCGGCCAGCCUCGCCGGCGCGCUGCAGCACUUCCACGCCUACUCGUCGGUGGCGGGGCUCAUCGGCAACGCCGCCGCGACGCCGCACUCUGCGGCCAACACGUGGCUCGACUCGCUGGUGCACUGCCGGCGCGACGCGGGCCUGGGCGGGCUCGGCACGCAGUGGGGCGCCGUCGCCGAGAUCGGCUACGCUGCGCGCCACGGGGCGGACGAGCGGGCGACGAAGAGCGGCAUGGGCGCCGUCACGCGUGCGAUGGCGUGGGACGCCCUUCACGCCUCGCUGGCGCGGUGCGACCGCGUCGUGGCGGUGUGGCCGGCCGAGUGGCCGCUGCUGCUCGGCCGCGCACCUGCCGGCGCCGUGCCCGGCCUGCUCCUGCCGUGGAAGAACCGGCGCGGCCGAGCGGCGCCGAAGCGCGCCCGCGCAGCGCCGGCGCCGGGCGUUCCGGCGAGUGCCAGCGCGACCCAGCCGGCCGCGACGGCGGGUUCGUCCGCCCUUCUGAGCCUCGACGGGGUGCUCGAGAUCUUGCAGGGCACAAUGAGCGCACGCGUCGACGCGGACGUGCCUCUCAUGGAGGCGGGGCUCGACUCGCUCGGCGCGGUCGAGCUGCGCAACCAGCUCCAGCGGGCGGCUGGCGACGCGGUGCCACUGCCGAGCACUCUGGUGUUUGACCACCCGACUGCGCGUCAGCUGGCUUCCUUCUUCAGCGACAAGGGCGCGCCGCCGGUGGCAGCCGCCGCCGCCACGCCCUCGCAUGCCUCCGCCCGCGCUGCCGAGGCGGUUUGCGCCGCCGGCCUCUCUGCCACCCUUCCGGAGGGCGUCACCACUCUCGAGGCGGCUCGAGCCGUCGCCGCGACGGGCGGCAACGUGGUGUCGGAGGUGCCUGCAGACCGGUGGACGCUAGAGGCCAGCAACGUUUCCGCUGCAGUUGCUCAGCGCGUUUGCCACGGAGCGUUUGUCCGAGCGGCCGACCUGUUCGAUAACGGCCACUUUGGCAUCUCCGCGGUGGAGGCGGCUUCGAUGGAUCCGCAGCAGCGCAUCUUGCUCGAGCGGGGCUACGAGUCGCUACACGGUGCUGGACUUCCCAAGUCCAGCCUGCUAGGGAGCGUCACCGGGAUUUUCAUUGGCAUCGCCGCCAACGACUUCGCCGAGAUUCUCUCGAAAUCUCCCGCAGGGGGCAGCGUCUACUCCGCCACGGGUAGCAGCCACUCGAUCGCAUCUGGACGGCUGUCCUACAUUUUGGGCCUCCAGGGUCCGUGCGCGUCGUAUGACACUGCCUGCUCCUCUACUCUCACCGCAUGCCAUGCGGCGGUGCGUGCGACACGGCAUGCCGAAAGCGUCGACAACUUGGUCGCUGGCAUCAGCCUGCUUCUUUUGCCCCGAGUUAGCUAUAGCUUUGCGACGGCUGGCAUGACGUCGGCGCGGGGGCGCUGCCACACUUUUGACGCCCGCGCUGACGGCUAUGCUCGUGCUGAGGCGUGCUGUGCCCUCACCUUGCGCACGGGGAUGGGCCACCUCUCCUUGGCGGGUAGCUGCGUGCGAUCAGACGGCAAGAGCGCGAGCCUCACCGCGCCAAACGGCAAGGCGCAGCAGGCGCUCCUUGAGGCAGCGCUCGUCGAUGCCGGAUCGACCUGCGAUGAUCUGAGCUGCGUCGAGGCGCACGGCACUGGCACGUCGCUCGGCGACCCGAUCGAGGUGGGCUCGCUCGCCGCGACCUUGCUUGCAGGGCACGGUUCCAUCACGGCAGUGGGCAGCAUCAAGGCCAACGCGGGCCAUGCCGAGCCUGCUGCCGGUGCCGCGGGGCUUCUUCGCCUCGGGCUGAAGCUGGUGACCGAUCAGGCGUCGCCCAACGCACAGCUCCGCGUGCUCAACCCGCACGUGGCUUCCGCGAUCGAGAGCGUCCGCGUCUUGCACCAGACGCAGCUCGCGACGACGUGGGAGGGCGGCAACGCCACUCGGCUCGGCGGCGUGAGCUCGUUUGGGUACAGCGGCACCAUUGUGCAUGUCGUCGCUGCUGCAUCAGCGCUGACGGUGGCCCCGUCCACCUCGUUCACACGCCGUUACAGCUACCGCCACAAGUCGUUCAAGUGGCGCUCCUCGUCGCCUACCAGCACCGAGGCCUCGCUUUCAAGCUACCAAGCUGCGUGGGUCCGCUCCCGCAGCGCGCUUCAGGCGGCUACCGUCUCUGGCCGCUGCCUUCUGCUCGCUCCCCACCAGGGGAUUUCGCUUGUCGGGAGAGCGCUUGUCCAGGCUAGGCUGCAGGUGGAGAAGGCUGACUUGGAGGCGGGGGCCAGCGCAGCCGGGCAGUGGGCCGCCGUGGUCAUCUGCCCCGGCGGGGAGGGCGACACCACGGCCGCCCCUCUGAUCACUCUUCUCCAGCGCCUGGUCAAUCUGCAGCCGCCCCCCCAGAUCAUCGUCUGCACCAGCGGCGAGGUUGUCGCCGCGCCACGCGUCGUCCAGCCCGGCUCCAUCCUCGGAGGGUGUGGCUCGUGGGGCGUCGGCAGAGUCCUCCAGCUCGAGCGGCCCCAGCUGCGGCUCGGACUCGUCGAUCUCCCCCGCGCCACGCCGGCCGCGGAGGAGGCAGCACGCUCAUUCUUCACAGCUGCGCUUUCCGCGGCGGCGCACGACUCCGCUGCAGCCUACGUCGGUGCCUCGAGGUUUGUGGCCCGCCUCCGCCGUGGGGGCGGCGUGACGAAAACCUCGACUUUGGCCGGUCCGUCCAGGCAGAGAAGUUCCGUCGUUGUGACUGGCGGCCUUGGUGGUCUCGGGCUCAAGGCGGCGCUGCUCUUUGCUCGCUCUGCCUCGUCGAUUCUGCUCACCUCUCGCAGCGGCGCUGUGGUGCGCGACGGCCAAGGCCUGCACGACAUGCUGCAAUCUCUGCGAGACUCGGCGAAGCAUGUGGCUGUCCUGGCGUGCGACGCGAGCAAGCCGGCCGAUGUCAAGGCGCUGCUUGGAGCCACGGCCGGUGGGACCGCCCAUGUCCUGCAUGCAGCAGGCGUGGCCGACAAGGGUCUGCUCGCCGACAUCCUCGCGCCGCGCGUGCACGCCGUCUUUGCGGCCAAAGUCGACAGCGCAAGGCUUCUUCACGCCUGCACGACGACGGCACCGUUGCGGGGAUUCUUGCUCUACUCGUCUGUCGCUGCCAUGCUCGGCGGCGCCGGGCAAGCGAGCUACGCCUCGGCCAACUCGUGCUUGGACGUGUUGGCCGCCCACUUGGGCAGCCGCGGGUGCGUCGCCAGCAGCGUGCAGUUCCCGCUCGUGCAGGGCGUCGGAAUCGGAGCCGCUGCCUUCUCCAAAGGGCAGAUGUCCUUCCGAGGCAUGCUUGCCAUCUCUCUCGUCGAGUACGAGGCCGUACUCCAGUCGGUGCUCAGCAAUGCGGCCGUGGCCGUGCGAUUGCCACUGCCCACGGCCACCGCACGCAUGCUCGAGGGCGUGCCCAGCGCAGACGUUCCUCUCCUGUCGGAGCUGCGCGCCGCCGUGUCUAGCUCUGCAGCCUCUGGCACUGAGAAUGCGUGCGGAAGCAACUUUAGCCAGGAGCUGGCGACGUUGACGCCAGCGGUCAGAGCGACGAGAAUGGAGGAGGCCGUUUUGGAGACGGUGCGCAAGCUGAGCGACGUCGAAGCCAUCGGCGCCGCCACGCCGCUGAUGGAGGCUGGCAUCGACUCGCUAGCCGCAACGGAGCUCGCCUCGCGCCUGCGCGAUCUAACGGGCGUCGCGGUGUCGCCAACAAUGGUGUUCGACCACCCGACUCCCCGAGCCCUCGCAUCGCAUCUGCUAGAAGAGCUGCGCUGCUCGGGCGCAAACCGGCCGAUUGCCACUGCCAGUGCGUCGCCUGCAGCGGCGGAGAAAGCCAUCUCGAUCUCAGGUGGGGAUGUCGCGCGCUGGCCAGGAGGAGCCGAGGCGAUCGGUGAAGCAAUGGCGAGCUUCGAAGCGAGCGGGGACGGCAUCCGCGCAGUGCCCCGCGUGCGAUGGGUGCUCAGCGAGCACGUGGACAUCGGCUCAAUCAGCGACGUGCAGGCGGCGGCUGCAGGCAGCGGUGGGUUUGUGUGCAAAGCUGAGCUGUUCGACAGCGCCCUCUUCGCCAUCUCGCCCACUGAGGGCGCUGCCAUGGACCCGCAGCAGCGGCUGCUCCUUGAGCUCAGCUAUCAGGCCUUCCACGGCCACGGCUUGCGACGCGACUCGCUGCUCGGCACAGACACCGGCGUAUACGUUGGGAUGGAGCGGCCAGAUUGGACCCGGAUGCAGUCGCCACAAGCCGCAGCCUCUGUCUAUGCCGUGACUGCCGACACCAACUCCGUUGCCGCGGGGCGCAUCUCCUUCUGCUUGGGGCUGAUGGGGCCCUGCAUGAGCCUCGACACUGCUUGCUCUUCGGCACUCAGUGCGCAGCACAGCGCCGCCAGCGCCAUGCGCAAUACCGAGUGCGCGCUGGCGUUGGUCGCGUCUGUGACGCUGAAGCUGUCGCCUCUUGUGACCCUACGAGUUGCCGCUGCGGGAAUGCUUUCUCCCGACGCCCGCUGCAAGACCUACGACAGGAGUGCCAACGGGUUUGUCCGGGCGGAGGGCGUCGGCGCGAUCGUCCUCACACGUGACGCUAUUUGCGAGGGAGCUCCCGCCCGGCUUCUGCUUGGCAGCGCGGUGCGGCAGGAUGGACGCAGCGCGAGCCUGACUGCGCCAAACGGCUCCGCCCAGCGGGUGCUGAUGAACGCUGCCCUGUCUCGCGCGUCGGUCACCGCGGCUGCUGUCGCAUCGAUUGAGGCGCACGGCACAGGCACGGCGCUCGGCGACCCGAUCGAGAGCGGCGCCUUGUCGCACCUCUUCCGCGCGGCUCCGGGGCACGUCGCUGUUGGGGCGCUCAAGGCAAAUGUCGGCCACGCGGAGCCAAUGUCUGGGCUGUUCGGCAUCUGCAAGGCCCUUCACGUCUUGUCGGCUGACUGCGCUGGCAACGCGCAGCUCCGGGUGAUGAACGAGCUCGUCUCUGAGCAUCUCGGUGGGGGUGCAGGACCGAGCGCCAUACUGCCUACGCAGCGGUUGCAGCGGGAGCGCGGGUUGGUGGCAGUGGGAGGCGUCUCCUCCUUUGGCUACAGCGGCACCAUCGUCCACGCCGUCCUCUCGUGCUCGGCCCGCGCGGGCGAGCCGGCGCGGCCGCCGUCCGCUCCGGGCUUGGUCUACCGCAGGCAGCGCUUCUCGUGGCAGGACGAGCUGCACCCGCUGGCGCAGCAGCCGGGCCGCGCCGGCGAGGCCCACCUCUUCCGCUCGCCGGCCCGGGGCCGGCUAGUUGCCCUCAUGGCCGACCACGUCGUGCAAGGCCGCGUCAUCUUCCCCGCGGCCGGCUAUCUCGAGCUGGCGCGGGCCGCAUGCCAGGCGAGCACGCUUUACGCGGGCAGCCGUGCGUGCCAUCUGCGCCGCGUCCUCUUCAUGCAGCCCUGCGUGGUGGAGCCGGCUGCCGACCAGCACAUCGAGUGCGAGGUGUCGGGUGCGCUCGACAGUCUUGAGAUUCGCAGCGGCGCGGGCGCCGCCCUCGCCGAGCGGAUGGUGCAUUGCGCGGCGUCACCCUCGGGUGGCGGGGCGGGAGGCGCGGCGGGCGCGCGGUCGCUCGCCGCGCCAGCGCAGCGCGCGUGCUGCCCGCACGCCGCCGAUGCAGCUCGGAUCUACGGCGACUUCCGCGCCGUUGGGCUCGAGUACGGCCGCGCCUUCCAGACGCUCGCUCAGGGCUGGGCGUCGGCUCUCUCGGGCACGGCGAUCGCGUCUCUGCGCCCCCGACGCAAGGCGUGCCUCGAGGGCACUCUCCUCCACCCCGCGGACCUUGACGGCGCGCUGCAGGCCUCGAUUCUGAUGGAGCGCGAGCGCUCGAGCGAGACUCGACUCCCCUUCUCGGUGGCAGAGGCGGCGCUCAGCGGCUUGCACGGCAACAUGGUCGCGAUGCUGAGCCGGCGAGGCGCCUCCACGGCUGACGUCGUCCUGUCUGGCCUCGGGAAGGCGACGAGGCUCGACCACUUCGAGAGCCGUGUGCUCAAGAAGGGCGCCGCCGGCAAGGCUGCCUCGGCCGCCGGCAAGGCUGCCCCGGCCGCCGACUGGUCCUACGCGUGCGAGUGGGCUCCGGUGGCCUCCGCCGCGGCCGAUCCGAGCCAGGAGGCCCGCGUCUUGCUCGUGGGCGACCGGCGCGGCACGCUGGCCGCGGCGCUCGGGCGGAGCAUCGCUCGGCGCGCGGAGAGCGGGUCCGCCUCGGAGCUGCGCGAGGCCGGCGCUCUCGAUGGCGUCGUCCUCGUCGCGCCGCCCCGGGCUGCGGCCGCGCUGGGCAGCAUCGCGUCGGCGCUGACCAUCGUGCAGUGGCAGAUGGACCUGCCCGCCGCUGUGCCGGUGUGGGUCUGCACGCACCUGACCCAGCCCGUCGCCUCCGUGCGGCGGAGCUCGAGCGAGCACGCCGGUCUGUGGGGCUUUGCGCGUGCGUGUCUGCAAGAGGCAGCCGGGCUGCCGCUGUACAACCUGGACCUCGACUUCGGGUGCGCGCAGUCGCUGCGUGGCGCGGCCGAGCUCGUGCGCUCGCGCGCGCUGGCAUCCGAGGACGGGUUCGUCCACGGCCUGCGAGUGGGACCCGCCGCCGAGAACGAGGCGGCGCUCCGCGGCGGCUCGAUGCACGUUCGCCGGCUGACCUUGCGGAGAUCGCCGGCGGCGUUGCAGUCGAUCGUCCUGACUUGCGAGCCCCGCGGCUCAUUCGCGAACCUCAAGCUCGAGCCUCGGGGCGACCACUCGUCCCGCGAUGGCAACGAGGUGGCGCCCACCGAGGUCAGCAUCGCCGUGCAUGCGGUCGGCCUCAACUUCCGGGAUGUCCUGAUCGUUUUGGAUCAGUAUCCGGGGCCUCGAGCCGACCCGGGUUCCGACUGCGCUGGCAUGGUGGAGCACGCGGGCUCGCAGGUCGCUCACAUUGCUCAGCGCGACGCUUGCUUCGGUAUCUCCAAUGCUUGCCUCGCAUCGCAUGUGUGCUGCGACGCGCGAUUGCAGGUGCGCAAGCCGAGCGCGGUGAGCUUUGAGGCCGCGACCACUCUGAUCAGCACCUGGUGCACUGUGCACGUGGCGUUCGUCCGGUCCCGGCUCGUCGGCUCGCGGCGGCUGCUCGUGCACGCUACGGCCGGCGGCGUUGGCCUGGCGGCUUCGGAGUACGCCGCGUGGCUUCGCCUCCGGCUCUUUGGCACCGCGGGCGCCCCGCGCAAGCACCACCUCCUGCGGUGCUGCGGCGUACGCUCGACUGCGAGCUCUCGCCAAGCUGCCUCGUGCGGGCAUUCGCUCGCAUCGCAGCUUGGCGGGCGGCGCCUGGACGGCGUGCUCAACAGCCUGUCCGCGGACUUCAUCUCCACCUCCUUCGCGCUCCUUGCGCCGGCCGGCCGGUUCGAAGAGAUCGGGAAGCGCUCCGUGUGGAGCUUUGCGCGAGCCGCCGCCGCCGUGCCGAGCGCCUAUUCCGUCCUCGACAUGGCGCUCGACGUCCCCGCCGACCCUGACUGGUACUCUGCAGAGGUGCUGCAGGUCCUCGCGCGGCGGCUCGAGGCGGUUGUGGUCCACGGCCUCCCGCUCCGCAGCUUCGGCAUCGAGCGCGAGGCACGAGACGCGUUCCGGUUCCUCUCGGGCGGCGCAAACCUCGGCAAGGUGGUGAUCACGAUACCUGUCCGGUUGGGUGCGCCAAGCUCGUUGGCGGUGGCGUUUGCGCCGCUCUGCGAGCUGCUUGAUGCCCACGUGUCGGACGCGGUGCGCGCGCUCGAGGACUUGCCGCAGGUGACGGACGCCCACGAGGUGCUUGAGAGGGCUGUGAGGCACGACAUCGCCCGCGCCCUGAGCGGUUUGGACCCUUCUGCCAUCCCCAAGUGGCACCACCGGCUGCUACAUGAGUGGUGCGCCGCCAUCGAGCCGCCCACAGAGCCCGCAUCGUACGAAGACGUGCUCGCAGUGUCGCCGCGGCUCUGGCCUGAGGUUGGCUUGACUCAACGAUGUGCCUCCCAGCUCGCCGCCGCCCUCCUCGGCACCGUCGCCUACCAGGAGCUCCUCUUCCCGGGAGGGUCCAUGGAGCUGACGCUGCCCGUGUACGAGGACGCAGUUCACUCCCGCUUCUACAACGAGUGCGUGGUGGCCGCGGUCGACUCCAUCAUUGCCAGCCUGCCAGCCGGCCGCUUCUUGAGCGUCGUCGAGGUUGGCGCCGGCACGGGCGGCACGGCAUCGAGCGUGCUGCCGCGGCUGCGUCGGGUGUGCGAGCAGUACAUGUUCACCGACGUGUCGGAGGUCUUCCUCAACCAGGCGCAGCGGCGCUUUGCCGAGUACGCCGGCUUCAUGCGCUUUGAGCUGCUCAACAUCGACGCCGACUCGCGCCUCCAGGGCUUCGCCUCGGGAUCGUUCGACCUCGCCAUCGCCACCAACGUGCUGCACGCGACGCCCUUCAUCCGCAACACGCUGCGAAACUGCCGCCGCCUGCUCUGCGACGGGGGCUUCCUUCUUGUCAAUGAGGCACUUCGGACGAGCAGUUCUAUCCAGACCACGUUUGGCCUGACUGACGGGUGGUGGAUGUUUGCGAGCGACCCGGAGCGCACCAACCAGCCGAGCCCGCUGCUGUCGUGGGAGCACUGGCGUCAGAUCCUGGCGGCGAGCGGCUUUGCCAGCUCCCACUGCAUGCGCGGCGACGGCCUGCUGCUCGAGACGCAGGCGAUCAUCGUCUCCCAGGUGGGCGAGCGGUCGCCUGGCGCACGGCGCGCGGAGCUCGAUCGCGGCACCCACCUCUUCUCGGGUGGGCUCGGCGGGCUCGGCUUGCUGACGGCACGCAUGCUCGUCGGGCGUGGCGCGAAGCACCUGGUGCUUUCGUCUCGCAGCGGGCGCGUGCAGAGCGGCAGCGAGGCGGACUGGGCGUGGCUCACCAGCCGCGUUGCCGUGUCGCCCGCCCGUUGCGACGUGUCUGACGCCACCGCUGUGCGGGCGCUUGCCGGCGCCGUGCAGCAGAGCUGUAUGCCGCUGUGCGGGGUCUACCACGCCGCGGGCUUGCUUGCGGAUGCGACGGUGCGCAACCAGACGAUGGGCCACUUCGCCACGGUCUUCGCGCCCAAGGUGCACGGCGCGGGCUGGCUGCACGCGGCCAGCCUCGCCGGCGCGCUGCAGCACUUCCACGCCUACUCGUCGGUGGCGGGGCUCAUCGGCAACGCCGCCGCGACGCCGCACUCUGCGGCCAACACGUGGCUCGACUCGCUGGUGCACUGCCGGCGCGACGCGGGCCUGGGCGGGCUCGGCACGCAGUGGGGCGCCGUCGCCGAGAUCGGCUACGCGGCGCGCCACGGGGCGGACGAGCGGGCGACGAAGAGCGGCAUGGGCGCCGUCACGCGUGCGAUGGCGUGGGACGCCCUUCACGCCUCGCUGGCGCGGUGCGACCGCGUCGUGGCGGUGUGGCCGGCCGAGUGGCCGCUGCUGCUCGGCCGCGCACCUGCCGGCGCCGUGCCCGGCCUGCUCCUGCCGUGGAAGAACCGGCGCGGCCGAGCGGCGCCGAAGCGCGCCCGCGCAGCGCCGGCGCCGGGCGUUCCGGCGAGUGCCAGCGCGACCCAGCCGGCCGCGACGGCGGGUUCGUCCGCCCUUCUGAGCCUCGACGGGGUGCUCGAGAUCUUGCAGGGCACAAUGAGCGCACGCGUCGACGCGGACGUGCCUCUCAUGGAGGCGGGGCUCGACUCGCUCGGCGCGGUCGAGCUGCGCAACCAGCUCCAGCGGGCGGCUGGCGACGCGGUGCCACUGCCGAGCACUCUGGUGUUUGACCACCCGACUGCGCGUCAGCUGGCUUCCUUCUUCAGCGACAAGGGCGCGCCGCCGGUGGCAGCCGCCGCCGCCACGCCCUCGCAUGCCUCCGCCCGCGCUGCCGAGGCGGUUUGCGCCGCCGGCCUCUCUGCCACCCUUCCGGAGGGCGUCACCACUCUCGAGGCGGCUCGAGCCGUCGCCGCGACGGGCGGCAACGUGGUGUCGGAGGUGCCUGCUGACCGGUGGUGCCCAGACGAGCUGCAGUUCCCAGAUGAGCUCAUCGCUCGCCGAGUACGUCACGGUGGGUUUGCGCGCGGCAUUGACCGCUUCGACAACGCGUGCUUUGGCAUCUCCGCGGCCGAGACGGCAGUGAUGGAUCCGCAGCAGCGCAUCUUGCUCGAGCGGGGCUACGAGUCGCUGCACGGUGCCGGGCUGAAGCGCACCACGCUAAUUGGCACAACCAUGGGCGUGUUCGUUGGUAUUGGAACGCAGGACUUUGCAUUCCUCGUCACGAACUCGCCCCUCGCUAGCAGCGUCUACUCUGCCACGGGUAGCAGCCACUCGAUCGCAUCUGGACGGCUGUCCUACAUUUUGGGCCUCCAGGGUCCGUGCGCGUCGUAUGACACUGCCUGCUCCUCUACGCUUGCGGCUGGUCACGCGGCACUGCGUGCUACCCAGCUCGGCGAGUGCUCUGGCGGAGUUGUUGCUGGCGUGAGCUUGAUGCUUCUGCCGUCGCUGGGGACAAGCUUUGCGACGGCUGGCAUGACGUCGGCGCGGGGGCGCUGCCACACUUUUGACGCCCGCGCUGAUGGCUUUGCGCGUGGCGAGUCCUGCUGUGCCCUCACACUGCUGUCGCACGCCAAGUCGGAGUCGUCCCUCGUCUCCACCGGGAGCUGCGUGCGGCAAGACGGCAAGAGCGCGAGCCUCACCGCGCCAAACGGCAAGGCGCAGCAGGCGCUCCUUGAGGCAGCGCUCGUCGAUGCCGGAUCGACCUGCGAUGAUCUGAGCUGCGUCGAGGCGCACGGCACUGGCACGUCGCUCGGCGACCCGAUCGAGGUGGGCUCGCUCGCCGCGACCUUGCUUGCAGGGCACGGUUCCAUCACGGCAGUGGGCAGCAUCAAGGCCAACGCGGGCCAUGCCGAAGCGGCUGCCGGUGCCGCGGGGCUUCUUCGCCUCGGGCUGAAGCUGGUGACCGAUCAGGCGUCGCCCAACGCACAGCUCCGCGUGCUCAACCCGCACGUGGCUUCCGCGAUCGAGAGCGUCCGCGUCUUGCACCAGACGCAGCUCGCGACGACGUGGGAGGGCGGCAACGCCACUCGGCUCGGCGGCGUGAGCUCGUUUGGGUACAGCGGCACCAUUGUGCACCAUCUAUUGACUAUCUCUGGCGAUGACGUAGCGGUCCCGUGGGGGCCAUCCUUACGCUUUAAGCGAACCCUCUUUGCUUGGCGACAGAAGCCCGAGACCAAGGCCACUGAAAAGGUUGGCUACUUUGCGACGGAGUGGGCUCCGGUGGCCUCCGCCGCGGCCGAUCCGAGCCGGGAGGCCCGCGUCUUGCUCGUGGGCGACCGGCGCGGCACGCUGGCCGCGGCGCUCGGGCGGAGCAUCGCUCGGCGCGCGGAGAGCGGGUCCGCCUCGGAGCUGCGCGAGGCCGGCGCUCUCGAUGGCGUCGUCCUCGUCGCGCCGCCCCGGGCUGCGGCCGCGCUGGGCAGCAUCGCGUCGGCGCUGACCAUCGUGCAGUGGCAGAUGGACCUGCCCGCCGCUGUGCCGGUGUGGGUCUGCACGCACCUGACCCAGCCCGUCGCCUCCGUGCGGCGGAGCUCGAGCGAGCACGCCGGUCUGUGGGGCUUUGCGCGUGCGUGUCUGCAAGAGGCAGCCGGGCUGCCGCUGUACAACCUGGACCUCGACUUCGGGUGCGCGCAGUCGCUGCGUGGCGCGGCCGAGCUCGUGCGCUCGCGCGCGCUGGCAUCCGAGGACGGGUUCGUCCACGGCCUGCGAGUGGGACCCGCCGCCGAGAACGAGGCGGCGCUCCGCGGCGGCUCGAUGCACGUUCGCCGGCUGACCUUGCGGAGAUCGCCGGCGGCGUUGCAGUCGAUCGUCCUGACUUGCGAGCCCCGCGGCUCAUUCGCGAACCUCAAGCUCGAGCCUCGGGGCGACCACUCGUCCCGCGAUGGCAACGAGGUGGCGCCCACCGAGGUCAGCAUCGCCGUGCAUGCGGUCGGCCUCAACUUCCGGGAUGUCCUGAUCGUUUUGGAUCAGUAUCCGGGGCCUCGAGCCGACCCGGGUUCCGACUGCGCUGGCAUGGUGGAGCACGCGGGCUCGCAGGUCGCUCACAUUGCUCAGCGCGACGCUUGCUUCGGUAUCUCCAAUGCUUGCCUCGCAUCGCAUGUGUGCUGCGACGCGCGAUUGCAGGUGCGCAAGCCGAGCGCGGUGAGCUUUGAGGCCGCGACCACUCUGAUCAGCACCUGGUGCACUGUGCACGUGGCGUUCGUCCGGUCCCGGCUCGUCGGCUCGCGGCGGCUGCUCGUGCACGCUACGGCCGGCGGCGUUGGCCUGGCGGCUUCGGAGUACGCCGCGUGGCUUCGCCUCCGGCUCUUUGGCACCGCGGGCGCCCCGCGCAAGCACCACCUCCUGCGGUGCUGCGGCGUACGCUCGACUGCGAGCUCUCGCCAAGCUGCCUCGUGCGGGCAUUCGCUCGCAUCGCAGCUUGGCGGGCGGCGCCUGGACGGCGUGCUCAACAGCCUGUCCGCGGACUUCAUCUCCACCUCCUUCGCGCUCCUUGCGCCGGCCGGCCGGUUCGAAGAGAUCGGGAAGCGCUCCGUGUGGAGCUUUGCGCGAGCCGCCGCCGCCGUGCCGAGCGCCUAUUCCGUCCUCGACAUGGCGCUCGACGUCCCCGCCGACCCUGACUGGUACUCUGCAGAGGUGCUGCAGGUCCUCGCGCGGCGGCUCGAGGCGGUUGUGGUCCACGGCCUCCCGCUCCGCAGCUUCGGCAUCGAGCGCGAGGCACGAGACGCGUUCCGGUUCCUCUCGGGCGGCGCAAACCUCGGCAAGGUGGUGAUCACGAUACCUGUCCGGUUGGGUGCGCCAAGCUCGUUGGCGGUGGCGUUUGCGCCGCUCUGCGAGCUGCUUGAUGCCCACGUGUCGGACGCGGUGCGCGCGCUCGAGGAAUUGCCGCAGGUGACGGACGCCCACGAGGUGCUUGAGAGGGCUGUGAGGCACGACAUCGCCCGCGCCCUGAGCGGUUUGGACCCUUCUGCCAUCCCCAAGUGGCACCACCGGCUGCUACAUGAGUGGUGCGCCGCCAUCGAGCCGCCCACAGAGCCCGCAUCGUACGAAGACGUGCUCGCAGUGUCGCCGCGGCUCUGGCCUGAGGUUGGCUUGACUCAACGAUGUGCCUCCCAGCUCGCCGCCGCCCUCCUCGGCACCGUCGCCUACCAGGAGCUCCUCUUCCCGGGAGGGUCGAUGGAGCUGACGCUGCCCGUGUACGAGGACGCCGUCAACGCUCGCUUCUACAACGAGUGCGUGGUGGCCGCGAUCGACUCCAUCAUUGCCAGCCUGCCAGCCGGCCGCUUCUUGAGCGUCGUCGAGGUUGGCGCCGGCACGGGCGGCACGGCAUCGAGCGUGCUGCCGCGGCUGCGUCGGGUGUGCGAGCAGUACAUGUUCACCGACGUGUCGGAGGUCUUCCUCAACCAGGCGCAGCGGCGCUUUGCCGAGUACGCCGGCUUCAUGCGCUUUGAGCUGCUCAACAUCGACGCCGACUCGCGCCUCCAGGGCUUCGCCUCGGGAUCGUUCGACCUCGCCAUCGCCACCAACGUGCUGCACGCGACGCCCUUCAUCCGCAACACGCUGCGAAACUGCCGCCGCCUGCUCUGCGACGGGGGCUUCCUUCUUCUGAAUGAGCUGCUUCGAACGAGUGGAUUUUUGCAGACCACGUUUGGCCUGACCGACGGGUGGUGGAUGUUUGCGAGCGACCCGGAGCGCACCAACCAGCCGAGCCCGCUGCUGUCGUGGGAGCACUGGCGUCAGAUCCUGGCGGCGAGCGGCUUUGCCAGCUCCCACUGCAUGCGCGGCGACGGCCUGCUGCUCGAGACGCAGGCGAUCAUCGUCUCCCAGGUGGGCGAGCGGUCGCCUGGCGCACGGCGCGCGGAGCUCGAUCGCGGCACCCACCUCUUCUCGGGUGGGCUCGGCGGGCUCGGCUUGCUGACGGCACGCAUGCUCGUCGGGCGUGGCGCGAAGCACCUGGUGCUUUCGUGUCGCAGCGGGCGCGUGCAGAGCGGCAGCGAGGCGGACUGGGCGUGGCUCACCAGCCGCGUUGCCGUGUCGCCCGCCCGUUGCGACGUGUCUGACGCCACCGCUGUGCGGGCGCUUGCCGGCGCCGUGCAGCAGAGCUGCAUGCCGCUGUGCGGGGUCUACCACGCCGCGGGCUUGCUUGCGGAUGCGACGGUGCGCAACCAGACGAUGGGCCACUUCGCCACGGUCUUCGCGCCCAAGGUGCACGGCGCGGGCUGGCUGCACGCGGCCAGCCUCGCCGGCGCGCUGCAGCACUUCCACGCCUACUCGUCGGUGGCGGGGCUCAUCGGCAACGCCGCCGCGACGCCGCACUCUGCGGCCAACACGUGGCUCGACUCGCUGGUGCACUGCCGGCGCGACGCGGGCCUGGGCGGGCUCGGCACGCAGUGGGGCGCCGUCGCCGAGAUCGGCUACGCUGCGCGCCACGGGGCGGACGAGCGGGCGACGAAGAGCGGCAUGGGCGCCGUCACGCGUGCGAUGGCGUGGGACGCCCUUCACGCCUCGCUGGCGCGGUGCGACCGCGUCGUGGCGGUGUGGCCGGCCGAGUGGCCGCUGCUGCUCGGCCGGGGAGCCGCUGGCCCCGUGCCCGGCCUGCUCCUGCCGUGGAAGAACCGGCGUCUGCUCAAGGAGAAGGCGGCUGGCGGCUACACGAAGUCUGUGGCGCUCAACCUCGACUCUAUCCUCGACAUCAUCGGUGGCGCUAUGAGUGGCAGCGUCGAUGCGGACGUCCCUCUCGCAGAUGCGGGGCUCGACUCGCUCGGCGCGGUCGAGUUGCGCACCCAGCUGCAGCACGCGACGGGCGUCGACGAGCUGCCGAGCACGCUGCUCAUUGACCACCCGACGGCGCGCUCCCUCGCUCUGCACCUUGGCGCGAGUGCCACGGCCGCACCGCCCGAGGCGGGGCCAGGAGCGCAAGCUGGGGAGUCGGUCGAGGCGUCGGCCACGGCCGCUGCGCCCACCUCCACGGAUCGGACCGAGCACGCUGGAGCCGAGCAGGCUGAGUACAUCAGUCCGUCGCUCGUGCGGCUGUGCGGCAAACCUGCCGCGGCGCCGGCUGCGCCGCCGCUCGUCAUAGCACACAGCGUCGUCGGCGACGAGCAAGGCUACGAGCGGUGGUACAAGCCCUCCAACGUGCUCGAGCGCGAGGUGAUCGCGCUGCGCCACCCCGCCUUUUGGAGUGGCGUCGUCGAGGGGUCGACCUCCAUCCAGCAGCUCUCCGAGGCGUACGCCGCCGAGCUGGUCGCCUACCUGGCUGACUCGCCCUUUGACCUGAUCGGCGGCUCGCUCGGCGCGCUGGUCGCGCACAGAGUCGCCCUCAUCGCGCGGAGCCUCGGCGGGCGGCCGCGCGGCCUCGUGCUCAUCGACCCGCCAGAGUCGGGCGCAAUGCCGGGCUUCCUGCGCGAGCUCUCGCGCCACGUGCACAUCAGCUUCGCGAUGGCGGCCGAGUCGCUCAUCAUCGGCCCCACGAUCCAGCUCGGCGGCGCGCGCGACGCGGGCGGGCUCGAGGCCCUGCAGGGGAUCCUUGACGAGGUGCGCGGCUCGCCCGAGGGCGCCCUCGCCUUCGUCCUGGCCAAGGCCUCGCUGCCUGCGCGCCCGAGCAUCGCGCAGGCGCAGGAGGCGACGCGCGCCGCCGCCGUCCGGAUCGCUGUGCACAAGCAGCUCAUCCAGCUGGUGUGGGACGAGUGGGGAGGGAGGGCGCCGAAGCCGCCGCGGCCCUUCGCCUUUGCCGGCGAGCGCGGCGAGCCCGCCAUACUCAUGGUACGCGCGAGCGAGCGAGGGGCGUACUUCAGCUUCCUCAUGACGCAAGGGCUGCGCAACGUCGACGACGCCGUGGUCGACCGGCUGACGGGAGGCCGCUCGGCGAUGGUGCGCGCGGCGUUCGCAAAGUACGAGAACGCGUCCGACUUCCGAAAGAUGCUCGACGAGGGCUCCUCGCUCGCGCACAUCCGCGACGACUUCGAGCGCGUGCUCGGCGCGAGGGCGCUCGGCGCGCUCGAGCGGAUGGUGCAGAUCCAGGGCUCGCUCGGCGAGUUUGGGGCGUCGGCGCUCGAGCUGGAGCUCGAGGGGCAGCACUUCGACGUGGUGAUGCAGUGCAUCGCGCGCCGCGACGAGCGGUUCAAGGCGAUGGCGGCCGAGUUCCUCGCGCCGUCGCCGCCGGCCAAGGCGCUGGAGGAGCUGCCGCGCUCUCGCUCGACCCGCGCCGCCGCAACCAGCGGUGGCGGCGGCUCGCUCAAGGCGGACGGGUGGCAGGGCGCGCUCGCCGAGCUGCUCGCGGGCGUCCGCGGCUGCCUUCAGCCGGCGGUGCCCGCGCGGCAGAGGCUCGAGGGCGGGCGUGUUGGGCCUGUCGUCCUCAACUCGGAUGACAUGGGGGCGUAA